AUGACAGAGAUAUCCCUCCAGAACGCUAUCGCGCAGAACGACAAGUGGGCCAAUUCGCGGUCUCUGACAGCUGUAUUUGUCGGCGGCACCAGUGGCAUAGGAGAGUACACGCUCCGGUCGCUCGCUGCCCACUACGGCAAAAGCUCCCAGAGUCUUUCGCUAUACCUCGUCGGCAGAAACAACGACACAGCUUCAGAAAUAUUCAAUGACUGUCGAAAGCUAUGUCCCUCCGGCAAGUUCACAUUUGUGAAGGCUUCUGAUCUGUCCCUCAUUCGCGACGUCGACUCAGCGUCGGAGGAGAUCAAAAAGCUUGUCAGCGACGCAAAGGCGGAGAAGGGCACCCCUGGAUGUAUUGACUUGUUGGUCAUGAGCCACGCAGAUUUGCACAUUGGCGGCAGAAGAGAGACUAAGGAAGGGCUUGACAAGACAAUGUCGAUGCUGUACUACUCUCGCAUGCGCUUCGCCAUCAAUCUCAUGCCUAUGCUGCGUGCCUCUCAAGCUGCCCAUGUCAUCUCUGUUUUCGGAGCAGGUUUGGAACAAAUCAAAGACUGGGAUCCGCAAGACAUGUCCUUCCGUGAUGCGAAACGGUACAACAUGUCCAGAGCUCGUACCCACGUUGUCGUCAUGAAGACGCUAUUCAUGGAGAAGUUGGCCGUCCAGAAUGCCGGCAAAGUUGCCUUUGUCCACCUCUUUCCAGGUGUGGUCAUCACUCCAGCAUUCGGCAAUCAGGAUCUCCCAGGUUGGUUCCGAGCGAUGUGGACUGUCGCGAAGCCAGUUGUGAGAUAUGCCAUGGCCAUCUCUCCGGAAGAGAUUGGCGAGCGUAUCCUCUACCUGGCUUCACCAGCGCUGCCGCCGAGGGACGCUCCAUCUGCCACAGAAAAGGAGUCUACCAGGCCGGUAACAAGUACUGAUGGUGUGCUUGGCGGUGGAGCGUAUGCGUGCAAACAUGAUGCCAAGACCAUUGAUCUGAUCUCCAAGUACAAAGGCCUCAAGGAUGCCAAGGUCGACGAGGAGGUCUGGGAUCAUACGAUGACAGUGUUUCAGCAGAUCGAGACCCAUGGCAUCUUCAAGGACUAG